AGUCGCGUAGCAGAGACGCCUGUGCGUGGAGGGAGGAGACUCGCUUCCUCCUCCGCUCAUUGGCGCGAGGCAGGCGAGUGCGGUGCAGGGCCAGUGAGCGUAGGUGCACGGGGGAAACUUGCCAUCACAAAUCUCAGUAAGGGCGGCGAAUGAGUGAGGACCGCAAAGCCUACCUUGUCCUCCAUUUUCAGGGCAAAGUAGUCUGGAUUUCUACGAAUAUUUUUGGAAAUAAUUUGAUUCAAUGGAGGCUGCGGUUUUAAACCCACAGAUGAUGACGGAUGUCAACUGCAACAACAGUGCCAUGAACGCAGAGCUCGAGGUGAAGAAGCUGCAAGAGCUCGUUAGGAAACUGGAGAUGCAGAACGAGCAGCUACGGACACGGGCAAAUGCAGUCAACGGGCGCACAAGCCCUCAUAUCUUAUCGUCCUCUCCGCUUUGCCUACUCGGGAAUACCAUUGCUAGUAGUAGCUACUGUAUCCCGAGCCCGCCGCCGACGCUGUCGUGCCCGGCAUCCUUAGGACUCUAUAAUGAGGAGCCGUUCCCUUACUUCCAGCCGCACAACCCGGACGACGCCGCAUCUGAUGCAGAGGAUGUGUCUGGCGACUACACGGAACCUACGGUUUUUGACGAUAUUGAGAUACUGAACCUUGAUUCCCUGUUACCUUGUGAUCAGGAUUCAGAGGAAACCUGGCUGUACGUCUCCCCUAAGGCCUGCCUGUGGGUGGAGGGCAGCCUGACGCCGCUGCAGUGGUGCCGGCAGGUGCUGGACAACCCACGACCGGACAUGGAGGCGGCCAAGCGCUCCCUCUGCCAUCGCCUGGACUCAGUCCACAGGUGGAGAGGUGUGUUCUCCUCUCCUGCGCCUCCUGCGUUCCCUCACAGUCGAGUAGCCGGAGUCUCCCCGCUCUGCACCUCCGCCCCGCUCUGCACCUCCUCUCCCUCCUCCUCCAAGUCCUGCUCUUCUCCUCCCCCUAGCGCUCCUGCCUCUGAGAGACAAGCCUCAUUCCUUCCAUCCUCUCACCCCUCGCUCCCCCUGGCUCCACUGGGGAAGGAUCGCUCUCCUCUAGCUGAGAGAACUCCCACCUUCCUCUAUCACCCAGCCGAUCGCAGCCGCAGCCUCCGACGGACCUCCUUCAGUCCGCAGUCGUCUCUGGACAGUGAGCUGAGCGCGUCCGAGCUGGAGGACGACUCCAUCGCUCUGGGCUACAAGCUGCAGGACCUCACGGACGUCCAGGUGAUGGCCAGACUACAGGAGGAGAGUCUCCGUCAGGACUACGCCACCACCACCUCCACCAGCCGCCGCAGCGCCAGCUUCUCCUUCCAGUUUGGCCAGCGGGCGGACUCCCACCUGGAGGAGGAAGAGGAGGACGAGGAGGACGAAGACUACGGCCAGCUGCCCCCUCCGCAGCCGCGGCUGACGCGGCCGGGGCACCUGCAGCGCGGCCUGUCCCACUCACACACCUUCACCAGCAUGCGGGACUGGCGCCGGAGCACCUCCACCCCCUCCACCCCCUCCACCCCACACUACCCCUCCACCUUCCCCUACCAGCCCCAGCCCUCGCCCAGCUACGCCCCCGACCAGCACGCCCCCCGCCACUCCUCAGUCGAGUUUGACAAUAAACUGCGGAGGAGUAUGCCCAACCUGGUCAGGGCUCCCAGCAUGCCGAGCGUCCCCGUUCCAGCCAAUCACAUGGGCUCUCCUGCCUCCAUCCGGAACAGCCUGAGCUUCGACUCCUCCAAUGGGCUGGCCAGACUGCAGUCUGCUAUUCCGUCCCCAGGUCAGCUGCAGAACCGUGUGCAGAGUGUGGGGAACUUCUCCGUGUCGUCACGGCAACCCCUGAAGGCCACGGCGUACGUCAGCCCCACGGUCAAGGGCCCCGUCGCCGUGACGACGUCCACCAGUUUACAGUGCCUGAGCAGCAGCGGCAUCCCGUUACCCAGUAAACCGGGCGGCGGGGGCGGCGGGGGGGCGGUGGGGGCGGGGGGGCGCAGUGGGCUCCCCCGCCCGGCGUCCUUCAUAGCGCCCAGCGCCACGCCAAGCACCACGCCACGCAGCAAGAUAGCCCAACCUGUACGCAGUUUGCUGACGCCUCCAAAGAGCUUGGCCACCCUCAGUGCGCUGCGCGACGGCAGCUGGAAGGACGGCUGCUACUAGAGGUGGGCAGACACGGAAAAAGGGCGCUGCUCAACUCCCAGUGGUGACCUGGCCACACGGCGCCGCCCUGCUGGUCAGGGUGGGUACCACUGAUAAAGCGAUCCGAGAAUGUGAACGGGAAUGACUGGAAGGGUCAGAGAAGCCCAGACUUGGGACUUAGUGCUUCCUCUCUAAGGGGCUGUUGAUUUGCAUCUAUGUAUUAUGCAAAAAGUCAAUAAUAAAUAAAGGUCAUCCUCAACGUCACGUCUUCAUGGUUCAUAAAGCCCCCGGCUUUGCUCUGAUGCACUGGCCUGGACUCUGUUACUAUUAACCCUCUCACUGCCCUGUGAAGCUCAUUUUUAAUCAAUCAUUUUUGAUGUGGUUUUUCUUAAAAGAGGAACUCCAAACAUGCUGCUAAUCAUUGUUCUGCUGGUCCACUUAAGUUGUUUUUAAACAAUAUGAUGUAGAAAAGAGAAAGAAGUUGUGGCAAAUGCGUGACACUUUGUAAGGGAUUGAACUGUAAUGUCUGUCCUAUUAAUACUCUUUUGUAAUGGAAAACUUUAACCAAAUUUGACCAGCUUGAAAGUGUUUACAUACAGGUAACGGUGAGUAAACUGCUAACACUUUGAUGUUUUUAAACCCACAAACACACACACACACACACACUUAAUUUCCAAAUCAAGGAACACUGAGAUGAAGUAAGACAUUUGUUAUUGUUGCACCUACUGUUGAUGUGUCGAUGAAGUGUUUUGGUACUGCACUUUCACUGGUCAAUUAUGAAGUGUUUUGGUACUGCACUUUCACUGGUCAAUUAUGAAGUGUUUUGGUACUGCACUUUCACUGGUCAAUUAUGAAGUGUUUUGGUACUGCACUUUCACUGGUAAAUUAUUUGUUUUUAAAUAUUGUUUGUUUGGAAAAGACACUGUAUAGAAUUUCACAACUAUGACCAAUGUAGCACUGAAUUAAACAGGUCCUAACUGGUUUUAAUGUGUUCAACAAGAAUAACUAAAAAUGAUAUUUGCAAUUGCACUUAAAAUACAGGUAUUACUUUUUUGGUUUGUUUAUUUGUUUGUAUUUUUAAGCACUGUCGUUGAAACAAGUUUGUGUGUUUCAUUUAAAAAUAAAGGCUUUUUAAACUUCCA